AUGCAGAGCGGCUACACGACCCUGCUCGAUGUCAACCGGGCUGUGUUGUCCAUCGCCUUCUCCCACACGUCUGCUAUGCUACGCGAGCAAUGGGGUGACGAGUCCGGUGCUGAUGGCGGUGAAGAGAUGGAGAGGGUGACGGAGGACCUCAUCGCGGGCUUGCCGGGGGAAGACCAGGAGAUCAUACUGCCAUACUGGCUCGAGGACUUCGCCGCCUCCGACUCCGACUGGCCCAACCUUUCUCGCUUCUUAAACGUCAACACAAAGGUCAAAAUAUCUGUGUCAAUGUCAAAAUUAAGUACUUAUGGUGUUGUUGAUGCGAUAUAUACAUUUUCGAAGUAUAAAACCAAAAGGAAUACAAUUGCACUGUGA